AUGGACUAUAACAAAAGAAAAGCUUUGGUUGAUAUAUGUGAUCAGAGGUCCUCACACCACAGUACACUGAGAAAAUCCAUGAAAUGGUAUAGGAAAGUAGCAAUUGAAAUAAUACUGAGCAUUUCAGUUUUAAAUGCCAUGUGUUUAUACAAUAAUGUAAAUAAAACGAAAUUUGUAAUUACUGAAUUUAAAGACAUAUUGGUAAAAGAUAUGUGUGGUGAUUAUGAAGAAACCGAUAAAGAAGAAGUUGAACACAAACUAUCUAAAUCUGGAAAAAGAACUCGGUGUGUGAAAUGUUAUGAUGAAAUAGCACAAAGAAGAAGAAAAUAUGCUCAGUGA